UACAGCCUCCUUAUCACUCGAGCUGGCAUCUACGAGGGUAAACAAUUGGACUUACCGUUCAACAGAAUGCUCGUCAACCAAGAGGAGACAUAUGGGCUGAUUAAAAGUUGCCUGGUAAUUAGUUCAUCCACAGUUUGCAGCUCGGAAUCCUUGACUAAACUGGAAGAAAACACCUGCUUACCACGGUUACUGAAAGGGGGAGACGCCAGCUGCCAAUUUGCAAGGCGAAACGAAACGCUCAUAGAGCUGGUCAACGAUAACACGCUUUUUAUUUCAAACUACCAAGGCGUGGUUAAGAGUCAUAACGAAUCAAGCGUCAUAAACGGCACCUAUGUGAUCCAACUGAACAACGAGACAAUAAGGAUUGGCGAACAGGAGUUUACUAGCAGUGAAGUCGUUACAGCCCACGCACUGCCAGCUGUUGUGUCGAAGAUAAAGAACAACACAAUGAAGAAGCUAUUUCAAUUUUCGCAAUACUAUGCAUUGCCACCAUGUUAUGGAGAUGCUACACAAAAAGCCUGGAUCUUCCACCAGUUCAAAUUCCAACACAUUGGGACGGGAACAGCGUUAACAAAAACCCUAAAAGAAGAUCAGCUCCUCAACUAUAUUGCCUAGAUAAUAGCCCACCAGCCACAACGAUCGAGAACAUAACAUCGGAAGACCGUAACCAGUCACUGCAAAAUUUUACCCCUUCACGAUUUUCAACUUUUGAUCUGCGGGACGCAGAUCUUUAAAGGGGGAGGAGUUAUCACACCCAUAAUCCCAAUACCUACCAAUGGCGCACCCUUUACUCACGUUGCCGUGCAUGUGAGUUUGUUGGCCAAUAUAGAACUUUCGCUGACGUAGUCCACGCGCAAGAGAAUGGUAACACAACACGAUCAAUAACCCAUGGGAAGUGCAGC